AUGAUGAAGAUCCUUUGGAAGUCAACCUUGAAGGACAUAUUGCUUCUAUGGACCAUUUCCAAUCUGAAGUUCUGUGUUACGGGACACCCUAUGUCUAACGCACUAUGUGCUGCUGAAGACGCCAAAAUUCUUGGAGCUACUGCCCAUGGGGAUGAUGUUCUUCAAGUAUCCAGUGAUUUCUCGCAUCAAACCCCAGAUGGUAGAAACAUUGGAACCACCGCGGUUGUUAAACGUCCAAAGACCGGCUUAGAGGAUUCAGAAGUUGCCGGGGCCAUGGGCAAUGGUCACCUUAAUAGUCUUGACGCACUCCGUGAACAGCCAAAGAAUGAUCUCUCUGGUGCGGAUGUAAGAUUGUUGGCUAGUCAAGUUGAUGACUCCAAGUCCACUCCACCAGUGCACGAGGGCACCAAAAGCUCUGAGCAACCCCCAAAAUCCAAAGAUGUCUCAGCUGAACCUCUAGACAAGAAGGGUAGUCCUUCCACUGGAGGUUCUGGCGGAGAAGAUGGAAAAAUACUGCAGAGUCUCAAGAGUGGCGCCGAACGCCUUGAAAUUUGGGCUCGAGUCAAGCAAGAUUACGAAAAGUUGAACAUGGAAAAUAAUCCACUCAAAUAUCCUCAACGAACUACAAAUUUGGAAGCGCCGGGAGCGCCUGAUCUACCUCCAAUAUUUGCAAAAGGACUCGGCAAGGCUUUCCGUAUAGAUUUUAAAUAUCUCAAGCCAGCUGAAGUGCAAAAACUCCCUCCUUAUGAACUUCUCCGAUACAUUUCAGAGAGGGAUGUCAAUGUGCGUAAAAAUACCAGAAAGUUGGACGACCUCGCACGAAAUUAUUACUCGGCUCAAAAAGAUGCUUUCUACGCGGCUGCAGGUGAAAGUGCAGAUCGCAUUGAUUUAGAUAUUGAGAAUUUGGUCAAGAAGAGGAAUGAAGUGCUUGUAUCGAAGGGUAAAUUCUCUCAGGAAUAUUUCACAACGUUCUCCCAAAAUAUACGAAACUCGCUUGAAAAAGAUUUCAUCAAAAAAGCGGGAGCAUCGGACCUAGGCACCGAAUUCAGAACGAGAUACACGAAACUGCAGACGGCCAAAUCAACUUACGACCAAGCUUUCAACCUCGCCUAUGAGGAUGCACAGAAGCUUAUUUCUAGUGAAUCACUCGCACCAGGAGCCCUUGCCAAGCUCACCGAUGCCGAAUAUGUGAGAAAGGCAGCAUUUUUUGACGAAACUGUGGCACAAAAUCUUGAUGAUUGGAUGUUCUAUGAAAAACAAGCAGCUCAAAAGUUCAACGAGUUGUAUCCGAAAGUCUUGGAAAGAUUCAAGAAGAUUAAGGGUGAGGAGAAGUUCAAUGGGAGGAUGCGUAGCAUAAUUAAAAAACUGGAUCCACAUGCAACAGCAGAAUCGACUGAUCCUGAAGUCAUAAAACAAGCUGAGAGACAAUUUGUCAAAGAAGCAAAGGCCCUCAAAGAUCCUGAGAUUAAAAAAGCUGCGUUUGCGAUCAAGUCGUGGGAAAAAACUACUCGAAAUGCCAAAAAUAACGCAAUAAGAAGUGCUGAUAAAAUAUUCAAACGUAACAAGAUUUUGGAAUCUGCAGACUUGAGAUAUCCGGGUUGGUCGUUUAAAAGGUUUAUGCAAAAGAUCUUGGAUUGGUUUUUUGGACGUGAAAGGAAAGGACAUCAGAACAAAGAAGCGACCACAACAGCAAAGCCAUCAGCCGUAGACGGACCAACACAAAAGACAGUCCCUGAAUCAACACCAAAGACCAAACCUGCAUAUCAAUCAGAGCAGAACCUAGUUAAGCCAGGCAAACAUACACCUGAAGUUCCAAAACAACCAGAAGUUGAAGCUACAUCUGUUAAAGGUGUAGAUACCUCAGGUAAUGCUGACUUGAGAGCAGAACCCCCUUCCGGUGUCCGAGGACCUGGCUGGAGCGAUCAAGCUUCAUCAGGUGAGACUCCCAGCCUAUCUCAAGGAUCCUGGACAUCAUGGCUACCACGACUUAGAAAGAAAGUGCAAAACACAGCCUUUACCAAUAGAUGGUGGAGCCGGUAUAGAAGUGAUACAGUUUCCUCAGAGUCAGAGACGACUCCGCUCCUUGGGCCCAAUCACAUCCCCAGCUGA